AUGGUUACUUCUACUCCCCAGAUCAGAAUUAUUGUUCCUUGGUGUAUCUGUGGAGAGCUUAGUCAUCAAUCUAGAGAGUGUCCCCUAUGUGAGACCAAUGUGCGGUCUUCUCAGUUAGGUCACUAUCAUAGGUUUAGGUCGCCUUCGAUUAGAUGUAGUGCUCAGAGUGUUGCUGGUGGUACUUCAGGUGUUCAGACUAAGGUUAGUCACGAUCCAUUGUAUGCUUUCACAGUAAGCGAUGGUAGACUAGGGUCAUGUUCUCGGUUUGGAUCGAGGGCCAGGGUUGGGAGGGCUAAGGGGGCUGAGGGAGCUUCUAGACUGAGAGUAGGGUCUUGGAAUAUUGGGACCUUAUCGGGAAAGUCCAUAGAGUUAGUUAAGAUUCUUAAGAAGAGGAAGAUUAAUAUAGCUUGCGUCCAGGAGACUAAAUGGGUAGGACCUAAAGCUAAGAAGGUGGAUGGGUACAAACUUUGGUUUUCGGGCAAGUCGAGGUUUAAGAAUGUUGUAGGGAUCUUAGAAGAUAGCGAGCUUAGAGAUCAGGUGGUAGAGGUUAGGAGGACCAAUGAUAGGAUGAUGACGAUUAAGUUAGUCAUUGGAGGACUCACCUUUAACAUUAUUAGUGCCUAUGCGCCGCAAGUGGGGUUGGACGAGGAGAUAAAAAGGCGCUUUUAG